CAGGAUCGUCCUCAGACGACCACGUGUGGUAGUACAGGUGGUGGCUGAAUGCGAAGAUCUAAAGGUUGCCUUCUGAUUGAUAGAAGAAGGCAAGAUCCAAGCUCCUAAAAGAUAAAUCCUUGACACAUGCAUUGCUCAUGUGGAAAUGAUGCAUCUGGUUAUUUUGAUGCUCGCGUGGGGUUCUCAUCACCUUCUUCCGCAUUGGUCCUUUCAAAUCCCUCAUCCAAGUCGAAAUUGAUUUAUCAUCACAUACAACAAGUUCAGGAUGAGCUCGUCAAGACAAUUGAUGAGAGUAGUGAAGUGUGAAAAAUCCACUGAAUUUUUUCAUCUAUCAGCUCAUUUUAUUUUUAUCUAUUUUAUGUUCUUUUCCCUGGCAUUAUCGAUUCCGCUGCACAAAGAAAAAGGAUCUACAUAACAAACCAUGUGGAAGCCACCAGUGACUUUCAUAACCUUGCAUUAUGCUUAUAUUAUCUUCUUGGGGAUCCUGGGCCUGGUUAUCCUCUAUCCGUACGGGAAUUUGAGUGCAGCCGAUGCUUAUUUCUUCGGAGUUAGCACUUCCACUGUGACAGGGCUCAACACUGUCGAUGUGAAGCAAUUGAAAUUAUAUCAACAACUGUUUAUAUACUUCGUUCCGCUCGUGGCUAACCUUACCUUUGUCAAUAUCGUCGUGGUGGUUGUACGGCUCUACUGGUUUAAGAAGAGACUAAAAGAGAUCGCUCCUACACUCCUUCGACCGCAUCCACAGGCGUCCGAGGUGAGAGAUAAGGAGAAUGGGGAAGUUGAAGCAAACAGAACCGAAAGCGAUCCAGCCCAUACAGAAGAGAGGCGCUCAGGUCGAAGGAGCCACGAUAUACCAGAAAAUGCCAUAUCAGACAAUGAUCAAUCAAAUAAUGACCGGCAUAUCUCCUUUGUGGAUGAAUCUAAGGCUCUCUAUAUACCACCACCCAGGGAACGUGACAGAGGGUAUCCGAUAGUUGAAGUCCAAGGAAGAUGCGAAGAUGGUAAGCAUCACCAGGAAAUCUUCGAUGAAAUUGACAUUAACUUUACUUCGUCAGGAGCAGAAAUCGAAAAGACCAUUAGCCGCGAGACAACAACUGCGAGUUCGGGUGGACCACGAUUGAAAGACAGGCCUAGCAUCUCGAGAAGUGUAUCUCUGAGACGUGUUGCUUCAUCCAUGUUUGUGCUUGGUCCCACUCGCAGUCAUAUUCAAGGACCAGCUCUUCGGCCUGCUGUCUCACUCUCCCGGAAUUCAGAAUUGCCAGGACUGUCCUCACAAGCGACUCUCGGCAGGAAUUCACAGUUCCAUAACUUGACUGCUGAAGACCGGGAAAGGAUAGGUGGGAUAGAGUAUCGAAGUCUCAAACUGCUGUUAAAGAUCGUCAUUGGUUAUUUCUUUGGUCUUCAUCUGCUAGGAGUGAUAUGCCUGGUUCCUUGGAUACAAAAUUCCAACCCCAAGUAUCGCUCUUAUCUUGAGGAAUGUGGACAGAGCCAUGUCUGGUGGGGCAUUUAUUCUGCGCAGACAAUGGUGGAUAAUCUGGGCUUCACCCUCACGCCUGAUUCGAUGGUCUCAUUCCAUGAUGCCACUUUUCCCAUGUUAAUCAUGAGCUUUCUCGCCUAUGCUGGACACACCUUGUACCCUUGCUUUCUACGCCUCAUCAUCUGGAUCAUAUACAAGUCCGUUCCAAAAGAAUCAUCACUCAAAGAGCCACUCAAAUUUCUCCUGGAAUAUCCUCGUCGCUGUUAUAUGCUACUUUUCCGCAGUCGGCCCACCUGGGUUCUUUUUGGGAUCCUUUUCGUGCUGAACUUUGUCGAUGUGCUCUUGAUUGUGGUUCUUGAUCUUGAAAACCCUGCCGUGAAUGAUCUCUCUAUUGGACGACGCAUAGUUGCGGCAAUUUUCCAGGCAGCAUCAUCACGGCAUACAGGGACAUCGUCGUUCAAUCUUGCUGAUGUGAACCCCGCUGUUCAGAUUAGUCUCUUGGUCAUGAUGUACAUUUCCAUCUUUCCCAUUGCCAUUAGUGUUCGAGCUUCCAACACUUAUGAAGAAAACGCACUGGGGAUAUAUUCAGUCGACAACGACACGGACGAAAACAAUGGCACGUCCUAUGUUGUGACGCAUAUGCGGAAUCAACUGGGCUUCGACUUGUGGUAUAUUUUUCUUGGGAUAUUCUGUAUCUGUGUUGCUGAGCAAAGCCGGAUCAUGGACCCUUCAGAACCGGGAUUCGCCGUCUUUUCGAUUUUCUUUGAAGUGGUGUCAGCAUACGCCAACGUGGGUUUAAGUCUGGGAUAUCCCACCGUCACGACCUCCUUGAGUGGACAGUUUUCCAUCUUCAGUAAGAUAGUCAUCUGCGCUAUGAUGAUUCGGGGUCGUCAUCGCGGCCUGCCAUAUCAACUCGAUCGGUCAAUUUUAAUUCCCAACGAACGCCUCGUCGAGGAUGAUGGGCCUAACAUCCAUUCGACAGCUGGUAAAGGUCAGGCGAUAUGA